UAUUAAAGUGGCGGGAACGGGCGGCGAGAAACUCUUGUCGUCGACUUUGGGCUUUGCCUCCAGUCUGGUUGCUGCUGCUGCUGUUGCUGCUGCUGGGCGAGAGGGACGCCAAACUCUUCGCCCGGGAACCCGAAGCCGAGGAAAGAGCCUCUCUUCUCUGACCGUCACGGUAGAGCAGCUUUCGCCGCCGACACGGAGACGGUCCGCCGAGGCUGGUAGCGCGCUUGCCCUCCUUUCUUCCUCAGGUGGCCGGGGGGAAAAAACGCACACAAUGAAGUGUUCCCUUGUUCUGACAGUGCUGCUGUCCUUACUAGUGGCAAAGUUAUGUUGUGGUUACUGCAUUGAGUCUCUGGAGCAACAGAUGCCCAGCGGAGUUCAAACAAAGAAGAACCCAGAACUCUAUAAGCUGCCACUAUCCUUGCUCCGACGAUUGUAUGGUGGCCAAGGGAUAUCCUAUGAGGCACUGCUCAGGCUGUCAGGCAAAGAAGAAAUCAAUCCCCAGACCCUUGCUUCUUCCCAGAAACGAGACAUGCAUGAUUUCUUUGUUGGACUGAUGGGCAAAAGGACCAUAGAGCCAGAUAAUUCCAUUGAACUCAGUAAGGAAACAUUCACUGGUUUGAGUGACGUAAAGUACUUGCCGAAUGAAGAAUGAGGUUUCAUGCAAGAGUGAGGACAAGCAAAAAGUCUGCAAGACUUCAAGAAACCAACACAAAUUAGAUUUCACCCACCAAAGCCCAGUAUACUUUCAACCAAACCAGAAACUUUGAUGUACCCUGGAACUUCUUCAUCUUGUCCCAGCUGCCUCCCAUGUUCUUUUCCUUAAUUAAGCUCUUAAUUACAGUCUAUAACUAAUUGUAAUGCUUUAGUGUUCACUGUUGGAAUAUUUUGACAAUUGUCCCUAGUCCUCAUAGUGCUUUGUCCUCCUGUAUACAUGUGACUUGAAUCUUGCAGAACCUUUUCCAUGUAAAAGCAUCCUUCUGCGCAUUCUUCUAUGGCACAGAAUAAGAACACCUCAGUCUUCUAUAUUA